AGUUCCCCUCCACCAGCACCAAAACAUUGCAAAAAAAGGCAGAGCGCCCCACACUUUAGAUAAGGACAAUUAGCCACCAGCGAGCCCCUGCAGACAGCGAGUUAAUUAGGGGUUUCCUGCUCUCCGUCAUGCCCUGUCUCAGCUCCUGCCCCCCCGGGCUCUUAGUCUUGACGGCACCUGCGCUGGCUCUCAUGGCCACCUUCUUGCUGCCCUCUCAGGCCGGGGACAGGAGAGCGCUGCCAGUGGAGAAACCUCCAGGUGUGAAGGGAAGAACUCUCAUUCUCCUUGAUGUCAACACCAAGAGCCCUGUCAGGAUAAUCAGUGAGAAUUUCCUCUCCCUGCAGCUGGAUCCCUCCAUCAUUCAUGAUGGCUGGCUCGAUUUCUUAAGCUCCCGGCGGCUGGUGACCCUGGCGCGGGGCCUGGCCCCCGCCUUCCUGCGCUUCGCGGGCAAGAGGACGGACUUUCUGCAGUUCCACAACGUGAAGAACCCGGCCAAAAGCCGCGGCGGGCCCGGCCCCGACUACUACCUCAAGAACUACGAGGACGACAUUGUUCGCAGUGACAUUGCCCUGGAUAAGCAGAAAGGCUGUAAGAUCGCCCAGCAUCCUGACAUAAUGUUGGAGCUACAGAGGGAAAAGGCAGCUCAGAUGCACUUGGUUUUGUUAAAGGAGCAGUUUUCAAACACAUACAGCAACCUCACAUUAACAGCCAGGUCUCUAGACAAACUCUAUAACUUUGCUGACUGCUCUGGCCUUCACCUGAUCUUUGCACUGAAUGCUUUGCGCCGAAAUCCCAACAACUCCUGGAACAGCUCCAAUGCCCUCAGCCUGCUGAAGUACAGUGCCAGCAAAAAGUACAACAUCUCCUGGGAGCUGGGCAACGAGCCCAAUAACUAUCGGACCCUUAUCGGCCGCUCGGUGAACGGCAGCCAGCUAGGGAAGGACUACAUCCAACUGAGAAGCCUGCUGCAGCUUAUCCGCACUUAUUCCAGAGCAAACCUCUAUGGGCCGAACAUUGGGAGGCCCAGAAAGAAUGUCAUUGCUCUCCUGGAAAGGUUCAUGAAAGUGGCUGGCAGCACGGUGGAUGCUGUUACCUGGCAACAUUACUACAUUGACGGCCGAGUGGCCAAAGUGACGGACUUCCUGAAGACGCGCCUGUUAGACACACUCUCAGACCAGAUCAGAAAGAUCCAGAAAGUAGUGAACACGUACACACCGGGGAAGAAGAUCUGGCUGGAAGGUGUUGGUGCAACCUCGUCCGGAGGCAUGAACAACCUCUCUGAUUCCUAUGCAGCAGGGUUCCUGUGGCUGAACACGCUGGGACUGCUGGCCAGCCGGGGCAUCGAUGUGGUGGUGCGACACUCCUUCCUUGACCACGGCCACAACCAUCUGGUGGACCAGAACUUCAACCCCUUGCCGGACUACUGGCUGUCCCUGCUCUACAAGCGCCUCAUCGGUCCCAAGGUCCUGGCAAUCCACGUGGCCGGUCUCCAGAGGAAACCCCGGCCCGGCAGGGUCAUUCGUGACAAGCUCCGCAUUUAUGCCCACUGCACCAGCUACCACAACCACAACUAUGUCCGGGGGUCCAUCACCCUUUACAUCAUCAACAUGCAUCGCUCCCGGAAGAAAAUCAAGCUGGCGGGGACACUGCGGGAUAAAAUCGUCCACCAGUACCUGCUGCAGCCCUAUGGCAAGGACGGACUCCACUCCAAGUCGGUCCAGCUCAACGGGCAGCCACUGGCCAUGGUGGAUGACGGGACCCUCCCCGAGCUAAAGCCUCGUCCGCUGCGGGCUGGCCGCACCCUGGUCAUUCCCCCACUGACCAUGAGCUUCUAUGUGGUGAAGAACGUGAAUGCAUUGGCCUGUCGGUACCGAUAGCCCAUGGCCCAGAACGGACCUGCCAGCCUUGCUCUUCUGCCCCUGCGUGCUCCCCAGGACACAUUGCCUCCUCAGCAGCCUGCGCAGCCUCGCAGCAGGGCCACAUCAGGCAGGCAUCAUGCUGUGCCCUCGCCCUCACACCUUGGAUGUCCUUUGGCUUGGCACCCUCCCCUGCCCUGUGAUCGCGGAGCUCUGCUUGGCUGCUUGGCCAUGGCCACCAUCCUGCUGGAGGGGUGCAACAGCAAAACUGUAGGGCCUGCCACCGUCCAUCCCGCAAGCUGCGAGAAGCACCCGGGGCCCGGUGGUCGCCGGCAGCCGGGGAGGGCUCGGGUGCCGAGCCCUGGUAUAGCCCGGGAUGGGCACCCUCCCGGCCUCCCCCCACAGUCCCGCAGCCCCUCAGGGUGGCCGGGUCUCCGUUUCCUCUGCGCCCUCCCGGGUGGCGGGCAGUGUCGGUGCAGCAAGCGCAUGGAAGCAGCUCCCUCUGCCGCCAGCCCGGCCGGGACAGGCGCGGGGAUGCUCGGGCGGAGCGGGACGGCAGACGGGGCGCCGGCGUCCGCCCGGUCGGGCGAGGGUCGAGGGUCUGCGGCUGGAAAUGUUCAUAAGUAAAUUAUACGGCCCGGAGCGGAACAGCGGGGCCGGUGGGCAGCCCCGGCAUCCCCCCCCCCCGGGGCGGGGAGCGGCCGUCGGGCCGUGAGCGUGUCCCGCCCGGGAGAGGGGCGGCGCCGCGGGCAGGAGCAGCCGGGGCGCGCCGAGGUGCUCCCGGAGGUGUAAUAAA